CCCGGACAGCCUUUGUAGUUUCGCAUUAGCUGGAGGUCCACAGGAAACCAAUGGGUUAAACAGCAAGCAGUGUUACGGUUGACGUCUUCAAGUGAAAUGUAAAACGAAGCAGAAACAUAUUUGCUUUGCGAAAUUAAGCAUUUUGGUCCCAGAUAGGAUCCGUCCGAAAGCUGCAGCGGCGUCUCGCUAACAUCCCUUUCCUUUUUAGGGAGGUGCUUGAUGCUUAUGUCGGCCAUCUUUAAUGAGGGCACGUCACCACGGUGCUACAUCAGUUCCGUGUACUUCGUUAUUAAUCACGUCUUUCACGUUCUCCGGUUACUAUGAGGCUUCUUCGCUUCAGUUCGGGCUUCCCGGGAGUUGUCUGUAGCGAGCACCGCUAGUUCUCGCGAGAUCUGGCCCUCCGCGGUUUCGCUGCGAUCCCGUUUUUUGUUAGCGCCAGAGGGGGCCUUUUUUGAGGUGUCUUCAUAAAAUGCCUGCUCGGGAUGUUUUUUUUUUCUCAAGAUGGCGUCGAUGAGGGAGAGUGACACCGGCCUGUGGCUUCACAAUAAGCUGGGCUCGGCGGACGAGCUGUGGGCUCCCCCCAGUAUUGCCUCGCUGCUCACGGCCACCGUCAUUGACAAUGUCCGCCUGUGUUUCCACAACCUGUCGUCCGCUGUCAAGCUGAAGCUGCUGCUGGGGAUCCUGCACCUCCCACGCCGCACCGUGGAUGAGAUGAAGAUGGCAUUGACAGAAAUAAUUCAGCUGGCCACACUGGACUCCGACCCCUGGAUUCUAAUGGUGGCGGACAUCUUGAAGUCCUUUCCAGACACUGGCUCACUAAACCUUGACCUGGAGGAACAGAACCCAAAUGUGCAGGAUAUAUUGGGAGAGCUCCGAGAAAAGGUGAGUGAGUGUGAGGCCUCCGCCAUGCUGCCCCUGGAAUGCCAGUAUCUAAACAAGAAUGCCCUUACCAUGUUGGCUGGACCACUGACUCCUCCCGUAAAACAUUUCCAGUUAAAGCGGAAGCCAAAAAGUGCCACGCUGCGGGCAGAGCUCUUACAGAAGUCCACAGAAACUGCGCAGCAACUUAAGAAGACAGCUGGAGUGCCAUUCCAUGCCAAAGGGAGAGGCCUGGUUAAAAAACUGGAUACUACAACUCCUCUUAAAGGUAUACCAAAGCAGGCACCUUUCAGAAGCCCAACAACUCCAAGCGUGUUUAGUCCAACAGCCAACAGGACACCCAUUGCCCCCUCCAGGACACCGAUCCGCAGAGAGAGAGGAGUGAAGCUUUUGGAUAUAAAAGAGUUGGACAUGGUGGGGGCAGGGAGAGAAGCCAAGAGGAGAAGAAAAACAGUCGAAACGGAUGUUGCAGAAAAACCCCCGAAAGAAGAAACAGUUGUGGAAAGUGCAACCCCUGAUUAUGCUGCUGGGCUCUUCUCUACACAGAAACUCGGUACCCUUAACAAUGAGGGCGCCCUUCCAUCUACAAGCUACUUGCCAGCAACUCCCAGUGUGGUGCCAUCCUCCUCCUACAUCCCCGCGUCUGAGACUCAGCAAGCUGGGUCUGUCCGGGAAGCUUUACAGACGACGAGGAAAACGGAGGAACCCACAGCUCCCAAUAAUGCACUUCCUACUCAGUUCAAACAGCGGACACCAAUGUAUCAUAGCAAUCCCAAUGCGCCUGCUACCACUCCCACGCCUGCAGCCACUCCUACCUCUCCGCUGACACCUACUACGCCUCAGGUGGCCACUCCUGCGGCUCAGGCUCCUCAGAUUACUACUCAGACGCAACCUCAGCCCAAGAAGAAUCUGUCACUUACAAGUGAACAGAUGUCUGUUGCACAAGAAAUGUUCAAGACGGCAAACAAGGUUACAAGACCAGAGAAGGCUCUAAUUUUGGGCUUUAUGGCAGGUUCAAGAGAGAACCCUUGCCCAGAACAGGGUGAUGUUAUCCAGAUAAAACUCAGCGAGUACACAGAGGUCAUACAGAAAGGCGACGGUACAGGCAGCACCACAAUGAUCGUCGACACGGUUUUCGAAAUGAAUUAUUCCACCGGCAAGUGGACCAAGCUAAAAAAAUACAAGCCCCUGACCAACAUCUCGUAGGGGCAGAUUCCAGGCAGGACACUAUGGACCAAAACAAAUGAGACUUGUAAAUAGGGUUCUUGUUAUAACAAUCACCAUCCAGAGGCGAUUGUUCCCUGGAUGAUCCUUUCGAGCGGAGAGCAGUCAAUGGUUACAUCCUCACUGGAACCAGAGACAAUCGAUCUGUUCCUGCAAAUACAACACUUUGAGAACGAGAGAAACUAAUGGCCAGUUUUGUAUGAUUAAAACUUAUUUUAAAAUGAGUCCUACAAUCACAAUGCAGAGCCUCCUGGGUGAAAUGGAUUUUUUUUGUUUUUCUUUUAUACAGUACUCUGUAAAUCCUGUGGAUCACCUUGAUUUUUCUAGGCAGAAAUGGUGACCUGUACCAUUGAGUAUUGGGAGUGGGGAAGGGGUGCCUUUUUAUUUUUAUUUUUUUCUCCAUUUUUAUCUGCAGUAUUUCAAAAAGAUAAAGUGCAAGUAUUUGGACAUGACAAGGUCUUGGUGAAGCUUACUGUAACCUCGCUCUUCAGAUUUUAUUUUUUAAGUCUUCGAGUGUGUGAGCGUCUCAGUGCUGGACAUUGGGCGUCCACACCACUGCUGUUUGCUUCCUUCUGCUUUGCAAGAUUUUGUUUCCCUAGUUUAGUACAAUCAUGGGGGACAGAGGGUGGAGGAAGGGGGGGGGUGUUGUCUAGUUCUGUUGGGAAGUCUGGUAUAAUAGAUGUUGAGUCCAAGAUGCAUAAAUAAAGUGGAGGCAUUAUUGUCGUCUGUUUUGCGAGAAGAGUAAGACUGCAAUGUUCUGUAUUGUGAACUGCAGUUUGGGUUUUCUGUAAUUUUACUUUCUUAUAUAGCCCUUUUUUUAUGAAGAUUAAGACUUUGCGAAAGGAUUUAAAAGAUGUUUCUCACUUUUUUGCUGAACUUCAGUAGUGCUCAAGAUUAUACAUUUACAUGAUAAAUAUACAGUAUUUGGGAUCUACUGAACACACGUUUAUUGCCCAUAAAAAGGAUUCCCUUACUGCAGCAGAGAAAGACUAGGUACAGUGGUCUCAAGUUAAAUGGGCGC